AUGCCUGACGGUGGCGUUUCAUGGUCAGAAGCCACACCGAAAACAACACAGCUGACAACAAAUGAUGUGCUUGUGCCAGUUCCAGUUGCCAUUUAUGAUCUACGUGACAAUGAAACCAGUGUCGAUCUUGACAAGAAUGGUUUCGAACUUACUAUUAUGAACAUCCUCACAAGGCAUUUGGAUGCAUCUCAUGACAUUGUCUUCAAUCACAUCAUACGUUCCCGAGCAAAACUACGUUCUGGCGAUGAAUGUGAUCCCACUCAUAAAAAUCCGCUCUUUCAUUCCCAUGUUGAUCAUGAUCCAUAUAGUGCUCAAUGUAAAGUAAAAGAUUUAUUUGGCGAAGAAGAAGCUGAAAGAGUGUUACAAAAACGUUUCCAAAUUAUUAAUGUCUGGCGACCCAUUGAUCGAAACGCCAUCAUCAACAAUCUUCUGACUAUUUGUGAUUAUCAGACAUUUGAUCUUAACAAUGAUCUACACCAUGCGGAUGUUCGUCGAUCGAUGGUUACGAAGUCAUCUUAUCUUGUUUCACAUAAUCCUCGAAAUGCUCAAAAAAUGGUAUUAUUUUAG